AUCCCCUCCAGAUAGCGUUUGCAGGAGGAUUGUGUGGCGGUAAUAAUCAUCACUGGAAGCAGGUUCGACAUGGCAGAGGCAGGUGCUGGGUCUCAGAACGUCUGUGAUGGGUCUCCUACCGAAGGUUCAUGCGACCGGGAUACGAGUAAAACCAAAGACCAGCCAAUAGCGAGCAAAGCCAGUUCGGUUAGUCAAACGGAAGCAAAAACCCGUGAGAAAUCCUACAUGUGUGGAGGGUGUGGGUACAGGACAGCUUGGCAGUCUAGCUUAUCCCGACAUAUGUUAACUUAUACAGACGUAAAACCCUACAAGUGUCACAAGUGUGAGUAUUCUACAGCAAAGAAAUGUCAGUUGGAUUAUCAUUUAGCCAAACACACUGGUGACAAACCCUACUUGUGCGGGGAGUGUGGCUAUAGGACAGCUCAGAAGUCUAAUUUAUCCCAACAUAUGAGAACUCAUACCGGUGAAAAACCUUACAAGUGUGACCAGUGUGACUAUUCUACAGCAAGGAGAUGUUAUUUGGACCAACAUCUAGCCAAACACACAGGUGAGAAGCCCUACAUGUGUGGGGAAUGUGGGUACAGGACAGUUCGAAAAUCUAACCUAUACAUACACAUGAGAACUCAUACAGGUUACAAGCCCUACAAGUGUGACCAGUGUGACUAUUCUGCAGCACUGAAAUGCACUUUGGACCAACAUCUAGCCAAACAUACUGGUGACAAACACUACAUGUGUGGGCAGUGUGGGUACAGGUGAACUCUGAAGUCUACAUUAUCUCGACAUAUGAGAACUCAUACUGGUGAAAAACCCUACAAAUGCGACCAGUGUGACUAUUCUGCUGCACGUAAGU